UGAAAGGUUUUUUUUUGUUAUAAAAUAUUUUCGCAUUAAUGUUAAAAAACUAUAAAGCAUGUUCAAAGAGGAAUCGUCCUGUAGGCUUUGCCUUAGUGUCGUAAAUGAUGAAAAUCUCGUAGUAAUAGAAGAAACUAUUAAAGCAGUUCUAGAUGUUCUUUUACUAAAACUAAACGGGAAAGAAAAGAAAGAAUCUAUAAUGUGCAAUGCCUGUUCCAUUAAACUGUUUGCGGCAUUCAACUUCAAGGCGACCUGUACGGAUACCGAGGACCGUAUCUUUCCAUACAUCGAUUCUGAAAUGGAGACGCCGGUCGACCUAAGAGAAAUUUAUCUAAAGGAAAGAGGUAAAGAGCAUUUAAAAGAUAUGUUGGAAGACGAGAGGAUUUGUCGUUUGUGUAUGCAAGUGAUAACCUGUGGAUUUACACCAGCAAAAGAACUGGAUGUCGAUACACUCUGUCAAUAUAUUCCCGAAGUGAACUUGACUUCCACCACAGAUACCGUUAUUUGCAAUGUCUGCAUCAAUUCUUUGGUCACCCACACGAGUUUCUUAAAGGGCUGUUUUAACGUGGAAGAGAAAAUUACAAAUAUUUCAGACAACAGAAGAACCAUAGAGAGUCCAUUUCAUAUUAUCACAGAAGAAAUUGAACUAAAAUCCGAAGAUUACAAAGCAUCUCCCUCGGAAGAUGAAGACUCUGACAGCGCAAGUGGCUGUCGAUCUGAAUUUGAGGAAACCGCAAAUAUUUCUACGGGCAACCGUAAAAGGAAACAAAGGAAAUACCUUACACGACACCAGUUGAAACACAAAAACAUCCUCGAAGAGCAUGUGUUAAAAUGUCACUUAUGCAGUUAUACAACUAUUUAUAAGAAGCGUUUUGCACGCCAUCAGCUCAGACACAAAAACAUCCCAGAAGAGCAGAUGUACAAAUGUGACUCCUGUGAAUAUAAGACCAUUUUAAAACGCUAUCUUAUACGACACCAGCGAAUACACAAUAGCGUUCCUCGAAAGCGGGAAUUUAAAUGUGAUUCGUGUGACUAUAAAGCUGCUCAUAAGAGCCGUCUUAUGCAACAUCAACUGAAACACAAAUACAUCCCCGAAGAACAGAUGUUGAAAUGUGACUCGUGCGAUUACAAAACCGGUCAAGAGAGAUACUUUACACAACACCUGUUGAGACACAAAGACAUCUCCGAGGAGCAGAUGUUUAAAUGCUGUUCGUGCAGCUAUAAAACUGUUUACAAGCAACACCUUGCAGAUCAUCAACUUACACACAAAGACAUCUACGAGGAGAAGAGGUAUAAAUGUGAUUUGUGCGAUUUUAAAACUGAUUAUAAGGGCAAUAUGGCACAACAUCAACUUAGACACAAAGGAAUCCUCGAGAUGUUGAAGUGCGAUUCCUGCGAUUUUGAAACACAUGCAAGGAGCAGUCUUGCACGACAUCGACGAAAACACAGAGCCUUCCGGGAAGGUCAAAUGUAUAAAUGUAAUUCCUGUGAUUACAAAACCGUUUUUAAGCCCUAUCUUACACAACAUCAACUGAGACACAAAGACAUCCCCGAAGAACAGAUGUUGAAAUGUGAUUCGUGCGAUUACAAAACCGGUCAAGAGAGAUACUUUACACAACACCUGUUGAGACACAAAGGCAUCUCCGAGGAGCACAUAUCAUCAACUUACACACAAAGACGUCUCCGAGGAGAAGAGAUAUAA